AUGCCGCAGCGCGAGCGGGCUUGUUCCCUUUCUCCUCGACGGCAUGAAGGUCAUGCUCGUCUAGUGCGCUAUAACUCUGAGGGACAGUUAGGGUUGAAAGGUAUCUCUUUGGAUGAGUUAAAAAAUUUUAGGGAUCGGCUGGCCAGCAGAAUUGCAGCAUCUAAGUUAAGCGAUGACCCGGUUGUCCCUGGAGCUCUUCUGGAUGAUACAGACACACAAUUGCUGCAAAAUUUGGUUCAAAGUCACAAGACUCGUGGUAGGCAGACCAGAAAAAGAGACGAUCCGAUUAAGUUUAUAGUGUGGAACAUUCGGGGUGCUGCGAAUAAGGAGUCGUUGAGGCACAUUCGUAGCGCUUGUAGAUCAAACGAUAUUCGUUUACUGAUCCUAUUGGAGCCAUUAGCUAAUGUCUCCCAUUUGGAUAGUGUGCAGCUGUUCUUGGGUUUUGAUUUUGCACAGUCCUUCUUGCACAACAAAAUUUGGAUUUUCUGGUGUUCAGAUGCGCGAUAUUCUUUUGUAGAAGCUGCGGAUCAGGUGGUCCAUAUACAUGUGUCUUUCCCCUCUGGUUCUUCCAUUUUUAUUUCGGCUGUUUACGCGAGGUGUAACAGAAUUGGUAGGCGACAGUUAUGGGAGGCUCUGGAGCAUUUUUCAACGUCUGUUACACUCCCAUGGAUGGCCGUAGGGGAUUACAAUGUUAUUUCUUCUGUGGAGGAAAGGAUUGGAGGUUCAGCCCCGAAUAUUCGUGACCUGGAAGAAUUUAACUCUGCAUUAAAUCGGAGUGGACUAUUUCCGGUACAGUUUGAUGGGUCUGCCUACACAUGGACUAAUGGGCGUAUGUGGCAGCGGCUUGAUCGAGCGGUCGUUAAUGCUGGUUGGCUGUCUUCUAUUGAGCUGACUCGAGUUGCUCAUCUUCAGCGAGGGCGAUCUGAUCAUUGUCCGUUGCUGGUUAAGGGGGGCAGCAUGAAAUUUUUUAAUAAGUUGAAGGUGGUUAAGCGAGUUUUAGCUGGAUGGAAUGUGGAUGUUUUUGGGAAUGUCUCUCAACGGGUCAAAGUGGCAGCGGAUAAUCUAUUGGCCAAGGAAUUGUUGUAUGAUCAAAAUAGGGACGCCGACCGCGAUGUUAGUUCAGGGAGCAGGCCUUCACUUGAGCUGCCUAAGCUUACGCCAGAAGAGAAUGACAUGCUGCUGAAAUCUCUAUCGGUGGAUGAGGUUUAUACUGUAGUGUGCUCAAUGGACCCUCAGAGCGCUGCGGGGCCUGAUGGGUUUGGCGGGGGUUUUUAUCAAAGUUGUUGGGAGUGUAUAAGAGAUGACUUCAUGGACGGGGUGCAGGAUUUUUUUGCUGGUGCCACAAUGCCACGCGGAUUUUCCAGUACGACGAUCAUUUUACUCCCCAAGAGGGAAGGCGCAUGUGGGUGGAAAGAUUUUCGACCAAUAAGUUUAGCUAAUGUUAGUGCCAAGAUCAUUUCUAAGGUUUUGUCCACCCGUAUCAACCAGCUCCUUCCUAGGUUGAUUUUAGAGUUUCAGACUGGUUUUAUUCCGGGCAGGGGAAUACAAGAUAAUGUUUUGCUAGCUCAGGAAUUGAUUCUGGAUUUGGACAAAAAGCUGCGUCACCCUAAUGUAAUCUUGAAGUUGGAUAUGGAGAAGGCGUAUGACAGGGUGGAUUGGGGGUUUUUGUUAUAUAUGCUGCGAGAAUUUGGUUUUAAAGAAGGGGUAGUGGAUCUGGUUUUUCGGUUAGUAUCCAACGUCUGGUUUUCUGUCCUGGUUAAUGGGGAGCUCACCGGCUUUUUCAAGUCGACUAGAGGGGUUCGCCAGGGGGAUCCGUUAUCGUCCACUCUUUUCCUUUUUGUCUCGGAAUUUCUUGGAAGGGGUCUUCAGCGGCUGUUUUCUAGCAAUCCAGCGUUUAGAUUUUUGUCUAAGGGAGGGAUGGUCCCGUUUCUUGCGUUUGCCGAUGACGUGAUUAUUUUCACCCGGGCAUCGACUGAAUGCUUACAGGCGGUCUCGUCCUGUUUACACGACUAUCAAGCUCUCUCUGGCCAAAAAAUUAAUCUCUCUAAGAGUCGCUUUCUGUGUUCGUCGAAGCUCUCUUCGGAGAUUAUCCAAUUAAUUCAGCAAGAAACGGGGUUUCAAGGUCAGCCUUGGCCUGUCAAAUAUUUGGGAGUCCCGCUUUCUCUUGGCCGUAGCAAAGCUAUCUUAUUUGAUGGAGUAAUUGCCUCCGUGAGAGCAAAGCUUCACCAUUGGAGUUCCCGGUUUCUGUCUGCUGGGGGGAAGCUCAUAUUGAUUCGUCAUGUGUUGAGUUCUAUGCCUCUUUACCUCCUGCAGGUUACUAAACCGCCUAAGGGGGUCUUUAUUAGAUUGGGCAAGCUGUUUAACGCCUUUUUAUGGGAUGGCAAGGAUGGUAGGAGGAUUCAUUGGUCCUCUUGGGAAAAAGUCUGUUUUCCAGUUGAAGAAGGGGGAUUGGGGUUUCGGUCUCUUUUGGAUUUGGAGAGGGCUUUUGCAAUGAAAUUAUGGUGGACAAUACGUCAAAAGAGCUCUCCUUGGGCCAGAUUUAUGCACCGUAAGUACAUUGGCGAGCAACAUCCAGGUUUGGCUUCGGCUGCUGUGGGGUCGGCAACAUGGAAGAGGGUCUGUUUGGUGCGGGCUAUCACUGAAGAUAACAUUCGUUGGCGGCUCGGUGAAGGCUUCAUCGAUUUGUGGUAUGAUCGAUGGCUUUUCAAUGAACCACUUAGCAGCCAGGUUACUGGUGCGCCUCCUCACUUUUUGGUAGCUGAGUUUUACACCUCUACGGGGUGGAAUACUGAUCGUCUCCUCCAGGUUCUUCCACGAUCUAUUGUUAAUAUUAUUUCUCAAACAUUUGUUGAUCCGAAGCUUAAGGACGAGUUAAUUUGGGCUCCUUCCGCUGAUGGUGCAUUUUCAGUGUCGUCAGCCUGGGAACUGGUUCGGCAGCGGCGUAACACGUCUUUGGUUUGCCGUGGAAUUUGGUGUCCGUUACUCCCGUUAAAAAUGUCGUACUUAGCUUGGAGGGUUUUGUCUGAUUUUCUCCCUCUGGACGACAAGCUCCGGUCUAGAGGAAUGGCCAUGGUUUCUAAAUGUGAUUGCUGUGGUAAUGCGGUGGAAUCCUUGAAUCAUAUUUUCUUACAUGGCAGGUUAGCAAGUGCUGUUUGGCAGCAUUUCUUUCUGGCUUGCGGAAUUCAGUGGCGUUCAUUCUCAUGUGUUUCUUCACUGCUAGUGGUGUGGUUCCAAUCUUCUAGCAAUGGUCGAUUGGAUCAUGUUCGGUGUGUCAUACCGGUAGUGGUGUUAUGGUUUCUAUGGCGUAGUAGAAAUGAUGCUCGGUUUGGAAAUCUUCACCCUGUCCAUUCCAAAGUUAUCUUCGAAGCCAAUGGGUGGUUGGUUGCUAAGGGGGCGGCUUGUAUGUUAAACAAAGUGCAGUUGGAGGGGGAUAUGGAUACGUAUUUUGCACGGUUUUUUCGGGUCAAGCCAGCCAAAUCCUUCUGUCUGAAGGCUAUAUCAUGGAUGAAGCCGCCUAGAGGGUCGUUCAAACUCAACACAGAUGCAAGUGUGAUCAAUGGUUUAGCUAAAGGUGGUGGGGUGGUACGUGAUUCUGAAGGGAAGAUGAUUGGUGCUUUUUAUGAGAAAUUUGGGGAAUAUGAAGUGGUAUAUGCGGAGGGCUUAGCAUUGUGUUCUGGGCUGCAGUGGUGUAUGGGGGCAGGGUUGUCAGGUAUUUUGGUAGAGGUGGAUUCCUUAGUGUUGGUAAGGUUGGUCCAGAAUCGAUCGGUUGGUAAGUGGCCGUUGUGCAGCGUCUUAAGUCAACUUCGCUUGUUACUGGGCAAGGUGAAGGGGUCUAUUACACAUAUUCAUCGUGAGGCGAAUGCCGUGGCAGAUAGCUUAGCAGCGUUAUCUCGGGAGAGUCCAUAUGUUACUUUUCAAUUUGUUCAGCAGCUUCCAAGUAGAGUUCGGUCGCUGAUUAAUUUGGAUGCGAUAGGUUUUCCAUACAUUCGCAGGUUUCCUGUGUAG